UUUCGGGGGGGGGGUUGUCUGUCUUUCGGUCUCCAAGCCACGCCCCCAGCUCACCUGUACACGGAAGCAGCAGGUAUUCUCGAGAGAGCCAGGGUGCCGCGCCUGGAACAACAAACUGCAGGCAGACCAAUAAACAACACGAAAACGACUCCGAUCGCAAGUUUGUGUUCAUUACAAUACGCCCCAAACUUUGGAUUACAGAUUUGUUAUUUUCAGGGCAGUAUCUCCGGAGUUGUGUUUCUCUUCAGCCUGUUUGGCUAAGCGGCACCUGCAGCCGAGUCAACCAGAAACUUGAGCAAGAGUCCCUACAAAAUGAGACACAGAGGCCGGCGUUGAAGUGACACCAUUGAUAUGUUAUGUUUACAGCAAGGAGGGCACGAUUCUAAAUACAAACCUUAAAAGAAGCACCAUUUUAAAUACAUAUUAUAAUUUUCCCCUGCGUGGUUUGGAACAGGAUCCGCCAGCUUCUCCAAUGAACAAAAUGGAUUAUUUAGAUUCUGGAAUGAGAUACAACCCUAAAUCGGGGGAUGACAGCUGGGACACGGGGGUGCAGUUCCUGCCUGCCUCGAACAGCAAGAAGCUGGAGAAGAAGGGACCCAAGAAGGUGCUGGCCAUCGUUGCCGUCCUGGUGUUCAUCACUGUCAUUUCCGUGAUGACCGGAUUGCUGGUCUGGCAUUUCCACUUUCGCAAAGAGAUGAAGGUGUUUAAGAUGUAUGCUGGCACCAUGCUCAUCACCAGCGAAACCUUCCAGGAUGCUUAUGAGGAUUCUGCCAGCCCGGAGUUCAGUGCUCUGGCUGCCAAGGUGCAAGACCAGCUUAAAACAUUGUACUCGAACACACCCCAGCUUGCCAGAUACUACGUUCGGUCGACAGUCAAUGCCUUCAGCGAAGGGUCUGUGAUCGCCUACUACAUCUCGGAGUUCGACGUGCCAGCAAAUCAGGAGGCAGCAGUGGACUCUGCCCUGGCAGAGAUCGGCAAGAAGAUGGUCCGCAGCCAGAGGAAGCUCCAGCCGCAGCAGCUGAGAGUGGACGAGGUGGUGACUCUGCCUAUGGAUCCGCGAAUGGCUCGUAACUAUAAGUGCAGCUAUAACCUCCACGCCAAGCCAGGUGUGAUUGGCAGCCUGAGUUCUCCAGGGUUUCCCAACAGUCCUUACCCAGCGGAUACCCACUGCCUGUGGAGGCUGCGGGCCGACCCAGGCUACGUGCUCAAGCUGAACUUCAUCACCUUCAGCCUGGAGGACGACUGCAGCAAAGACUUUGCCCGUGUGUACGACUCGCUGGGGCCCCUGGAGACACGCGUGCUGGCAGAGAAGUGUGGGACUUUCUCCCCCUCGCAGCCCCUGGUCUUGGUCUCAUCUGGGAACGUCAUGCUCCUGGCACUGGUCACAGAUGACAACAAGAAUUUCCCGGGAUUCAAAGCGGAGUACAGCCAGAUUCCCAAGGACAGCAGCGCCUGCGGCGGUCAGCUCACUGGGAGCAGCGGCACGUUCAACUCCCCCAACUACCCAGCGUUCUACUCCCCAAGGAUGAACUGCACCUGGAAAAUACAGGUAAGCGGGUUGCAGAAGUCCAGCAGUAAGGAGGGAGGACCGAAGACACCAGGAGGGGGUGCCGGUGAGCUGGCUGAACCCGGGUCUCUACAGAGCAGCGUAUUGUCCCAGCCUGCCACCCCCAAAUCACCCACACCCCCCUGCGCCUCCACCCCCAGCAAGACUACAGCCAGCAUAGGGGCAGAGCCAUCCAAGACUAGCCAGAGUGUGCUGCUGGUCUCGCCCUCCUCGAUGCCCCAACUCAGCUCUGUCCUCUGCACCAGUCAGCCCUCCCCUCUGCCCCCCCAUCAGCAGCUCCCCCACCAGGCUGGGAUGCAGCCUGCAGCCCGGGUGAUGGCACACUCCGUCACCAGCACUCUGCCGCAGGUGAGGGUGGUCACUGCGCAGGCUGGUCUCGCCACCUCAGCCGGCAGCCAGCAGGCCUCGCUGGUUCACCAAGGACAUCAGCAGAUCAGAGUGCCAGUCACGGUGGCACACAGCAAGGGCAUCACACAGACGAUGGUGACUCUGCCCUUGCGCACUCAGUCUGCCGGGAGCCCGGUGCAGGUUCAGGCCUCUCGGACGCAGACGAGCAUCACGGUGACUGGCCUGGCGUCGGCAGUGACCGUCACCAAAUCCUCUCUGAGCUCCCCUGGCAGCCCGGCACACACCUCUACACCUAGCACCGUCCUGCAGAGCAUCGCGGGGCAGAACAUCAUCAAACAGGUUCGGAUCACAGGCCAGCUGGGCAUGAAGUCCCAGGCAGGAGCCGGCAUCCCUCUGACCGCCACGAACCUGCGUAUCCAGGGCAAGGACGUGCUGCGGCUGCCCCCUUCCUCCAUCACCACGGACUCCACGGGGCAGACGGUGCUCCGCAUCACUCCGGACAUGAUGGCCACGCUCACCAAGUCCCCCGUCACGACGGUCAAGCUGACGCCGGACAUGCUGAGCGCCUCCUCGGGGGGCAGGCCUCUGUCUGCCACUCUGCACGUGACAUCGUCCUCCUCCGCGGCAGACACGGUCUCCGCCAUCAAGGCAGCCUGCAGCUCCGCUGGCGGGGGUGCCACCAGCCUGGUCAAAUCGGAAGCCGCCUCAAUCCGCCUGAUGCCGGCGCUGGCUGUCACCAUGGCCGACCAGAAAGGCAAGACCGUCACCGCCUCUACCGACAGCAAGCCGGCCACCACCAUCCGCAUCAUGCCAGGCCUGGGGGUCAUCCCUCAGAAACCGGGCCAGACCAUCACCGUGGCGACGGCUGGCGGCAAGCAGGUGCCAGCGUCGUCGUCGGGGGCCCCCGUUUCUGGGGCGGCCACGGUAACCAUAGCGACCGGCCACAAGGGGGGCACUAGCACGCCCUUCUCGCUGGGGGCGGGAACGGCCACGAUGAGGCAGGUGCCGGUGAGCGCCACGGUGGUGUCCACCACACAGCAGGGGAAGCUGCCUGCUCGCAUCACUGUGCCUCUGUCUGUGCUCAGCCAGCCUCUGAAAGGGAAGAGCAUGGUGACAGCACCCUUACUCAAGGGCAACAUCGGGACCAAUAUCAGCAGCCUGGGCAGGAACAUCAUUCUGACCACGAUGCCAGCAGGAACCAAGCUGAUCGCCGGGAACAAACCGGUCAGCUUUGUUACGGCACAGCAACUCCAGCAGCUGCAGCAGCAGGGCCAGGCCACGCAGGUUCGAAUCCAGACUGUCCAAACCCAGCAUCUGCAGCAGAGAACGGCCUCGGGCUCCCCCAAACCGGUCUCCACGGUUGUCGUGACGACAGCACCCUCCCCAAAACGGACUCCGGACCCCCAGUAGAACCACAACCCCCCCCCCCCCCCUUGCCGGGACAAGAGGCAAGCCUGUCAGCGAGGGCAGACGUGCUAAACCAGGCAAAGCGUUGGAGCUGGCAAUCGCUGAUGCUCAAUGCGGACUGUAGCCCUGCACCUCUGACAGACUAGCAGGUCUGACAUGAGUCAUGCAUGCGGGCCGUACACUGGCUUACAUUCAGCACCCUGCUGUACAUGUACUAGCAUUUAUUGUGGAUUAAGAAGGAAGUUCCAAUUUAAUCUGUAUUGUGAAGUCACUGCCUUGCGAUUCCAGGGCACUUCUGAGGGUUCCGUCACAUUGCCGUCAUCAGUGCACAGCAGCUUGUUGAAGUGCAUUCUAAAUUCCAUUUACGGAGUACAGUGCGGCUCUAGGGCUUUCUGUUAUUCCCCACACUUCUUUUCACAGAAUCAUGUGUCUCAGACAAUGCACACAGGAGCUUUAGCCAGUAUGUCUGUUUGUUGCAUUUUUCCCACGACUCAUUAUUAAGACAGAGCACGCACAUUUCUCACCGAGUUUCCACUGUCAUGCUUGCUGUGCUGGAGGUCUGCUUUCACUCCUCGUUUGAAAGACUUGUUUGGGAUUGCGUUUUAAUUCCCUGGGGGGGGGGUGUUAAAAGGCUAAAAUGCUCUUUUGUUUAAAAUGCAAAGAAGGCGGAGAAGGAGAAUUGUUUAACGGUGAUUAAAAAUGAGCUGGACCGCA